AGCUGGGGAUCCCCCUGAGGGGACAAGAGAGCCUCAGGGUGGGACGGGGACGUCAGAGCCGGGGGCUGCAGCGCCCUGGGGGUCCCGGGGGGGCAGCGGGGGGUCACCGUGCCCCGUGUCCCCAGGCGCCAUGCUGAUGGCCAUCCGGCUGCGGGGCAUGGAUGGGGGGGAGACGCUGGCGCUGGCGCGGGCCAUGGCGGGCUCGGGGCGCGCGCUGGCCUGGCCCCCCGCCUGGCGCGGGCUGCUGGUGGACAAGCACUCGACGGGCGGCGUUGGGGACAAGGUCAGCCUGGCCCUGGCCCCCGCCCUGGCUGCCUGUGGCUGCAAGGUGCCCAUGAUCAGCGGGCGGGGCCUGGGCCACACCGGGGGCACGCUGGACAAGCUGGAGGCCAUUCCCGGCUUCUGCGUCACCCAGAGCCCCGAGCAGGAUGCUGCGAGGACCCCACGCUGGCACUCGCCCCCGCAGAUGAGGAGCAUCCUGGAGCGCGUGGGCUGCUGCAUCGUGGGGCAGAGCGAGGAGCUGGCGCCGGCCGACCGGGUGCUGUACGGGCUGCGGGACGUCACCGCCACCGUCGACAGCCUGCCCCUUGUCACCGCCUCCAUCCUGAGCAAGAAGGCAGCAGAGCAGCUCUCAGCGCUGGUGCUGGAUGUCAAGUUCGGGAGCGCAGCCCUGUGCCCCACGCAGGACAGUGCGCGGGAGCUGGCCCAGAGCCUGGUUUGGGUGGGCGAGCGGCUGGGCAUCCACACGGUGGCCGUGCUGAGCCGCAUGGACGAGCCGCUGGGCCGCUGCGUGGGCAACUCGCUGGAGGUGCUGGAGGCCCUGGAGUGCCUGGACGGGGGCGGCCCCCCCGACCUGCGGGAGCUGGUCACCGCCCUGGGUGGGCUGCUGCUGUGGCGCUGCGGGCUGGCCGGGGGGGUCCCUCAGGGCCGGGAGCGGCUGGGCCGGGCGCUGGACGACGGCUCGGCCCUGCGCACCUUCGAGGCCAUGCUGGGGGCGCAGGGGGUGCCCCCCAACACCGCCCACCGCCUCUGCACCGGGACCCCCGAGCAGCGGCGCGGGGUCCUGGGCCAGGCCAGUGUCUGCGAGGAGCUGCCGGCGCUGCAGGGGGGCUGGGUGCAGCGCGUGGCGGCGCUGCCGCUGGCGCGGGUGCUGCAGGAGCUGGGGACCGGCCGCGCGCGCGCCGGGGACACCGUGAACCCCCGCGUGGGGGCGGAGCUGCUGGUGGCCGCGGGGCAGCGCGUGCGGGCAGGGGAGCCCUGGCUGCGGCUGCACCACCAGGGGGCGCUGUGCGGCGCGGCGCGCCGGGCCCUGCAGGGGGCGCUGUGCCUGGGGCCCGCCCCGCCCCCCGCGCCCCCGCCCCGCCUGGCGGAGACCGUCCUGGGGCCCGGGACCCCCCCGGGGCCCCCCGGCGCCCCCGAGCCCCCCGCAUCGGCGGGGGACGGGCGGUGA